UAUCGCGACAUGUAUUUGCCAAUCACCAUAUUUCUAUUAGUCUUGAUUACGGAGUCGAUCCUUUUCCUCGGCUAUUCUUACAUUACUUCUGCUACAUAUGAUCUUUAUGUCAAACUUACAAAAGACAGUCGAGUCAUGAAGCAACAAAAGAUGAAGAGAGACGCUCUUCAACUUAAAGCAGAACUCUCUCAAACAAGCUCGCAGGACGAAUUUGCCAAGUGGGCCAAAUUGAGACGAAAGUUGGAUAAAGCAACUGCUGAUUUAGAGAAACUUAGCUCAGAAAUUGCUUUUUCCAAAACUGCUUUUGAGCUCAAAGUCAAAUCAGUGCUUUGGUUUGUUGUUCAUGGCUCGCAAUUAGUCAUGGUUAUGUGGUUUAGAAAGAGCGCAGUGUUUUACCUUCCUCCUGGUUGGUUUGGACCUGCUCAACGUUUUCUUUCAUGGCCAUUUGCUCCUGCAGGCUCUGUCAGUGUAGCCGUUUGGUUUGCUGCCUGUAGAAGAAUGAUCAAGGCUUUGGCACUUACAGCUAAUGAUUUCAUAUUUACACCUGUUGCUGAAAAGAAAGUUGCAGCCAGCCAAGAUUAAUUAAACCGUACUUUUGAUAAGAACAAAAUAGAAGUGGUCUACAUAUCUUUAGAAUUUAAGGUGUGUUUCUCUCUGAUUUCAGCUUAAGAAAAAAAGGGGGGAAGGGGAGGGUAUAAAGAC